AUGCUCAGGUCGACUAAAUUAAGGAAACACGUGGCAACAUUGUGUCAACUUCUGGACCUCUCGAACCAAGAGCUGGAGCAGGUUGCAAAGUUCAUGGGCCACGACAUCAGAGUCCACUGCAACUACUACAGACAGACUGAUAAAACCUUUCAAGUGGCUAAAGUUGGGAAGCUGUUGUUUGCAAUGGAAGGUGGGGCAGAGGCCCUAAAGGGAAAGACCCUCCAGACCCUGGAUGCAGCUGUCUGUGACCAAACAGAGCUUCAGCACAGUGACUUGGAGGCUGAGGCUGAUGGUCCCAUGGACAAGCCCCCUGAUGUGUCUGAUGAAGAGGAGCUAGAGCCUACCUCCACAAAGGCCCAGAAAAACAAACGGACCAAGAGGAUAGAUGCGUGUGCUGAAGUGUCUGAUGAAGAGGAGCUAGAGCCGACCUCCACAAAGGCCCAGAAAAACAAACGGACCAAGAGGACAGAUGCGUGUGCUGAAGUGUCUGAUGAAGAGGAGCUAGAGCCGACCUCCACAAAGGCCCAGAAAAACAAACGGACCAAGAGGAUAGAUGCGUGUGCUGAAGUGUCUGAUGAAGAGGAGCUAGAGCCGACCUCCACAAAGGCCCAGAAAAACAAACGGACCAAGAGGACAGAUGCGUGUGCUGAAGUGUCUGAUGAAGAGGAGCUAGAGCCGACCUCCACAAAGGCCCAGAAAAACAAACGGACCAAGAGGAUAGAUGAAGCUUCUAGAAACCCAAAGAAACCCUGGAGUGAGGAGGAGAGCCGUGGAGAAGAGGAUGGGGGAGCAGUGCCUCAGGAAGUGCUGAGGAAUGUGCCGCGAUAUCGUGGUGUUUUUAAAGUGCUCUCCAUCCCCCUGCGCCCUCCCCUCGCCCCCACCUCCCUCGUCUGA